CACAAAGAGUAAAACCUCUACUAGCAGCUCGGUAAUGGGUGGGAGUGGUCGUCGUGGGCGUCAAACAGUGCAGGACUUGGGUCCUGGUGAUGCGGUAGGGGUUAUUUCUUCUACGCCGUCAAAACCUGGAAUGAGUGAUGCCCUGGACAACAC